GUCAGUUUUGGUUGCCCGGGGACACCAUGUCUGCCUUCCGCUUCUGGGCUAGAUUGAGCAGCAGGAAGUGGGGAGACGCUCCACAAACACAGCUGUAAAUAAAUACAGCAACCACCGAGGCCAGAUAAACAUGGAGGACCAGUGCACAGUGCAGUUGAAUCUAGAGUUGGGUCACAGAGCCCGGCUAAAGACGAAAGAAACAUCAGAAAACGUCACCCACGACUGGACGAUGUUUGUCCGAGGUCCAGAGACUGGUGACAUUCAGCAGUUGAUAGAGAAAGUUGUUUUCCAACUGCAUGAAGGCUACCCUGAACCCAAGAGAGUGUGUAAGGAGCCGCCAUAUAAAGUGGACGAGUCGGGCUCUGCAAGUUUCCUCAUGCGCAUUGAGGUUCACUUCAAGAACAAGGCACAGCCGAAAAAGGUGUGUUUCAAAUACGACCUAUUCCUUAACCCAGAGGGCAAAUCUCCUAUUGACCACUUGCGUUGUGAGAAGCUCACCUUCAACAACCCCACCAAAGAAUUCAGGAGAAAGCUGAUCAAAGCUGGAGGGGUAAAGGUGGUUUCAGAGGGGGCUGAAGCUGUGUCAAGACCCAGUUCAGACUCCCCGAUGCCCCCAACAAAAAAAGAUCAAGACCUCUCAUGCGUCAAAGGAACCAAGCGAAGAAGGAAGCGGUGACAGAAGCCAAUCCACACUAGCUAACCAAGAAGCACUGUGAACAAUCCCAAAAAGACUGGCGCCCCUUUAUUCGUGAAACGGGCGCGUCACGUUCGACUCUGGUCGUGAACUGAUGGGCCUCUUUUUUUUGCCCCGUGCAGAAUUCAGUCUGAUUAUGAUCUGACACAAAGUUGUGUUCUAUCAGAAUCAGCUUUAUUGGCUGAGCAUGUGAACACAUACAAGGGGAAUACACUUAAUACCUUUUAUUAAAUUCUUUCAAAAUCUUCAAAAGUUCAAAUAUUAUGAGUCUGGACAGACAUGGAUAUAAACUGCAGCUUGACUGGUUUGCAGAGACACACAACUGCAAGGUGGUAUUUCAAGUUUAUAAAUUGCGCUUGUUGACAAGCUUUGAAAAACAUGUAUUUUUUAAUUGUAAUAAAGCUCUAGUAUGUGAAUUA